AUGACAGAGCUGCUUAAGCUCUCUGAUAACAAUGUACCAGAUACUGAGAAUAACAAUAACUCAAGUGGUGAUGAGUCUGCUGUCCUAGGGGGGCCUCUUACCAAUAAGGAGACUAAUGCAUGCCUCACUGCAACAGUAACACACAAUCCUUAUGGUCAACCUCACAAGAAGAAAGGAGAUGCAUGGAAGGCAGUAAUGGGAACAGUCAACAAGGAUACAAAACAUAUACUCUCAACUGACACCAUUAAACAGGAAGUAAACAAGUGUAUCAAGCUGCACACCAAGCAUAUAGAAUGUGCUGGUCAAGCUGCCUGCCAGGCUGCCCUUGAAACAUUUGUUUGGGGUGCCAAUCCUCUGCCUACAUCCAACAACAACCCCACAUCCAGUAGUGACCACACCCUAUCACCCCCUUGCAAUCCCAAUUACAUGACUCUUUCAGGUCAGAUGUCAAUGGCAAUUGAUGAUGCUAACUGCACAGAAGACAUUUGGCACACUGAACUGCUGGAUGCACUACAAGAGAACUCAGAUUAA